GUUUGGUAGAGUGUAGCCCAAGAAGUUACAAAACAACAACAACCACAAUUAAUACAAAAAUUAAACUCCAUUUGGAUUCAUACGAUAUCGUUGAUUGUGGUCCCUUCAGGGCUGUGACCCUUUCCUGUCUGGUUCUGUCUGUCCAUGUGAGCAGCACCAGCCACCUGACCAGUCCAGGCAAUGAGUGACACUGAGAAAAACUUUCAGGGUCUGUCGGGCAAGGAGGCGGGCAAAAAGAAGGAUGGCAAGAAGGACAAGGGCAAGGGAUAUGUGAUGUUUGAUGCUAAUGCCUCCGAUGAGGAACCUGUCCUGGCAGAGGACAACAAGUCACCAUUUAAGAUGAAGAAAGGCAAGGCGUUCAGGUUUGGAUCCAGGAAGGACAUCAUCUCCAAGGUGAAAGGACACAGUGCAGAGGACAAAGACAAAGAGGGCAAAAAGGAGGAGAAAGAGAAAGAGGGCAAAAAGGAGGAGAAAGAGAAAAGAAAGGGUGAAAAGAAACAUAAAAUUAAAGGCAAGAAAAACCCAAAGCAUGAUGUCCCUGCAGUCCCGGAGGUGAUAGAGAAGCCAGUGUUUGGGGUACCACUCAUGGUGGCCAUAGACCGGUGCAAGAGUCAUGACGGGGUACAGCUGCCUGCACUCUUCAGGGAGUGCAUUGACUACAUAGAGGAACACGGUCUUCACUGUGAAGGUAUAUACCGGAUAUCUGGAGUGAAGUCCAAGGUACAGCAUUUGAAGGAUCUUUACAACCGAGGACAGGAGGUGUACUUGGAGGAACAUGAACCCAACAUUGUGGCCGGGGUCCUCAAACAGUUCCUGAGAGAGCUGCCAGAGCCUGUCCUUACCCACACACUGAUACCCAAGUUUGAGGAGGCUUCAACGAUACGCAACGAGCGACGCCGUGUGGAGGCCUUUUUAAAGCUAAUCAGAGAGCUCCCAGAAUGUAACCGUCUGCUGCUGUCCUGGAUGAUUGUACACAUGACACACGUCAUUGAGAGGCAAAAGGAAAACAAGAUGACCCUGCAGAACGUGUCCAUCGUCCUGAGUCCCACCAUGCAGAUCAGCCACCGAGUCCUCAACAUCCUCUUCAUGCACACCAGUCAGUUAUUCACUGACACAGCCAUCAAAAGGUACGUGCCCCCGUUGAAGCCCGCCACGUCCCGUUGGUCCCUGGAGCUGCCCGACCAGCCUGGCCCCCUGGAGGAGGAACUCAACAAGCAGGAGUCCCUGCUGGCACAGCUGCAUGCCGAGCUCGCGUCCGGCACCGCCAGCACGGAGAAGGAGGAGCAGAUCUGGGAGGUUCAGCGUAUCUGUACACAGCUCAAACGCAAGAUCAAGGUGGCCAAGAAAGGCGCAGAGGUGAUGGAGAAGAGGAAGAGAGACAGAGACGAGACCAGCAAGAGGAACGUGGUACAUGAAGAGCAUGAGGAGACAGCAGCGCUGGAGCUGCCGGAGGGAGAGGUAUUGAAGUUAGAGUUACGUACCCCACCACCAGACGCACCGCAGCCACCCAUGGUAGAUGAAGACAGCCAGGAAUUAGAGACAGAGACUGAACCUCUGGGUGAAACCGAGAACAGAGCUUCACGAUCCAGGAGUCAAGAGAAGGUGACUCUCAAGAAACUGGCUAAUCAGAGUCGAGCAAAGAGCGAAGAAAGCAUGAAAAGGUCUGCAGAAAUAACGGAUAUUUCUAGAGUUGAACAAGUUGGAGUUGAGAUGACGUCUGAUGGAAGUAUAAAUGUUUAUGAAGAGGUAGCAGUGACUGAAAAUGCUGAGGAUGAGAAAGUGGAAGGUCAGAGAGAGCUGGAAGAUCAAGAGGUCAAGGUUGAAGAGAAUCUUGAGCAUGUCAGUAAAUUAGAGGAAACAAAAGACAAUAUCAAGGAAACUGGGAAAAUGUCACAGGAAAGUGUGUCUGUACAGACUGUGUUAGAAAGUGAUUCUGGACAGAAAGUGACAGAUGUUGAAUCUGUGGCUGCAACUGAUGACACUGUACAGACGGUAACAGAGUCUGUGAAGACAGUGGACGAGUGUGUGCAGACAGCUGCAGAUGAUGAAAGUAGAGAAUCAGAAGAGAGAGGAUUGUCAGCUGAGGCUGUGAAGUCAGCAUUGGCCAUGAAAGCUCUACUGCAGGAUGACUCAGCCACAGACUCGGAGCUUGGUCAGUCACGUGAGGACCUCCCCAAGCUUGGCAGUGAGUCAGACGAGUUUGAGCAAUCCCUGGAGGAGAUACUGGAGCGUGACCUCGGAGCACUGGAGGUCACCAGUGAAUCUGGAGAUACCCAGGAUGAGCUAGUAGAUGAGCAGUGUGAGGGUGUGGCAGAGGCCAUCAUAUCUACUGAGGCAGGGCCAGAGGAGAGGGUUGCUAUGGAGACGAAGACCCCUGUGCCUGUGGAGACCCCUGACAGCCCCACUUUCACAACAGAGUCACCUGAGUCUCCCCCUGUAACCACACCUGUACCUCAACUGAUGGCAGCCACUGAAGAGACAGAUCAGAACACGUCGAGUGACGUUCAGGGAGAGUCCGGCCUGGAGUUGGAGAUCAGUGAGAUAUCGGAGGAUGAUAGCUACGAUGAGGAGGAGUGGGAGGUCCUUCUGGAAGAGGAGUAUGCACUGAAACUUGAGGAGGAGGAAUUACUGGCUAUAGAGAGUGAGCUGCGUAAGAAGAUAGAAACUGAGCGCUGUGAGGCUGAUAGGCUCCAGCAGGAGAUAGAUGAGCUACAGUACCUGAGACAGGACAGUGACGAGGAAAUCAUCAGCACCUCAUCAGACAGCAGCUAUGAGAGCGAGGACGAGGAAGAUUUGCAGGAGAUCCUGGAGCAGCUCAUCAAGGAGAACGAGAAACUGGAGUGUGAGAACUCUGAGGUGUGCACGAACAUCCACAAGGAGCGCAUGAUCUGCCUGGACGUGAAGGUGCAGAUAGGCCUACUGCAGCAGAAACACGCCCGCAGGACCGCCACCAGCGACCCCGCCCGGGAGAUAGACUCACUCAUAGAGUUUGACUGACCAAACUUUGUGUCAUUUUAAAGCAUGUAAUCCUGAAAGUUAUUUCAUCUUGACGCGAGGAUUUCAACCUGUUAUAACAUACGUCCAUUCGCAUUGUAAAGCGGACAUAUCGAUAUGUAGACAUUGGUGCAAUAAAUAGUGUGUAUUAGUAUGAGUGUAAUAUGUGUACUGUGUAUCAAGUGUAUACUUUGUUACUACAUGAAGCAUUUAAGUUAUGUAUAGUUGUAAAUAACCUUGUUUUGUAUUAUUGUCAAUAUUUAUAAAUAUAUAAUAAGUGUCAAUAAAGUCAUAACUAGUG